CUUAGGUUGAAGAGGCCUCGUAACACCUCUCCUGCCGCAUCAUCAUCACUCUUACCCGGUGUCGGCACUGUGGCUUAGUAGACAAGGAUUAAGCUUCUGGCCAAGGUUUAGUGAACUGCAGACCAAAAAAGCUUGUGGAGAGACCCUCUAUUUUCGCCGAACAACCACUACAAUGCAUUUACUCGAGUCCCGAACCUCGAAAGGUAUAUUAGUGCCGGGGCUUAUGAGGCACAAUAAGGUUAGGUUGUUAUCUUAGCAAUCUCUAUUAAGCAUGUGCGGCCUCAAUGCCUCAUCCAACGCCGCGAAUAGAACAUAACACUCCAAAGAUUUGGAUCUAGCCGUUAAAAUGAUACACUCUUUCCAUUUUGAAGACUAUUUGGGUUCUUAUAUAAAGCCGUUUCUCUUUUUCUCCUUCCUGUACCGUUUCAUCAAGCCAUCGUUUGCACCCGCAUCAACGUCAGUCGUUCUUUCAACUCUCUAGUGUUAUAUUUCCAUUACAUUGCUUUGUUUCGAAAUAUGUAUCUCCUUGCAAGCUUGUUACUGCCUCUAGCAGUGUCUGCCGCUUCGGUUCAGAGACAAGGCAAUCAGAACAUCGGCAAACAAAAUGAUGGCAACAACCAGGCAGCGCAAGCUACCGGUAUCAGAGUCCCAACUACGACAACCUUGCAUGCCUCUUCACCAACCAUCGCACUCGACUAUUGCACCGUUGCACCUGUCGCUGGAAACUCUACCAUCGGUUAUUACAAAUACCAGAAUAUCCGGUUUGCUGCUGCUCCCACCGGUGAUGGCCGUUGGGCUAAGCCUCAGUGGCCCCCGGUUGAGACUGAGAUUAAUACUGGCUACUUAGCUGAUGCUGAUGUCGACUGUGCUUCAACUGAGGACUGUCUCUACAUGGACGUCUGGGCACCUGCUAACAGCGCAGGCAAGAAACUCCCUGUACUUGUUUGGACUUAUGGUGGCGGUUUCACUGGUGGCAGCAAAUCUGAGACUUCUCCUGAAGGCCUUUUCAAUCUAACCACCGAAUUUGUCUAUGUUGCCUAUAAUUACAGACUUGGCAUGACGGGAAUUGCCAACGGUGCAACCUUGCUUCACGAGGGUGGCAUCUCUAACAUUGGAAUUUGGGACGUCCAGCACGCUUUUGAGUGGACUAAGAAGUAUAUUGGUGCUUUUGGUGGUGACGCUGAUCAAGUUACCGCAGUUGGUUUCUCUGCUGGGGCUUCUCAAGUUCUAUUCCAAACUACUCGCUUUGGUGGCCAUGCGGAGCAAAAUUUCGCUCAGGCAUAUGUGAUGUCCCCGGGUUUUGUUCCAGGCGCCGGUCAUCACACAUCAGAGAUGUUCUGGCAGAAUGUCUCAACUGCUGUUGGUUGCGAUGGUGGCCACUUGGACUGCAUGCGGUCUGUUGAUUUCACAACGCUUCAAGAUGCUGCCAGUACAGUCACAAGCGACUACAUCUACCAAUUCCAACCCCGUGUUGACGGCGACAUUGUUGCAGACACUUACGAAGCCCAACUAUACCAAGGACGGUUCAACUUCACCGGGCCAAUGGUCAUUACCCAUGAACAACAUGAGGCUAACAGCCAAGCCUACUCCGGAGUCGACACCACCGACGAUGUUGCUGCUUACUUGAGAGUCUUCUUCCCUGCGAUCACAGAUGAUGUCGUUCAGAAGAUCCUCGACUUUUAUCCCGAGUCAGACUACACUAGCCCUGGCCUCCGAUUUGCCGACAUGAAGCAAUCUUUUGACCUGACCGCUCACAAUCUAGCCGCUACUCAUGCUAUGAAUAACCAGACUUGGAACGCGAUGAUUGCUUUGGACUCAGCCACCCAUGGCACCGAUCAAAGCUAUUACUGGUAUAAAUCAGCUUCCGUUAUAACCACGACAAGCAAUACCACCAGUACCUCUUCAGCUGCUAUAUCCACGGCUACUUCAUCCAAUACGACCACCACCGCCGGCCCAGGUGGUGCAGCUGGUGGCGGACUAGGUGGUGGACCAGGUGGAAGCACUUCAGUUAACGCCACUAUCGCUGUCAUGAUGCAAAAGUACCUCCUUUCCUUUGUUCUGACAGGUAACCCCAAUAGCAAGUGGCCCGAGGACAAUCCCGAGUGGCCAUUGUAUAACACCACCGCCACUGGUGUUCAACUUGUUUUUAACACUACCUUUUACACGGAUGCCGAUGACUUGGCUACCGAGAAGACCCUCUAUUGGAAUCAAGCUCUUUGGUACUAGAUAGUCUUGGUUUGAGAAAUCAAUUAUAAAGGCAGCCAAACUCUCUGAAAGAAUGGAUUUUAUUUAAUAAAAGUAUAGGGUUAUCCUAAAAUGAACGUAAUGGAGU